CAAAGUUGGAGCGAAAUUUCCCAACUGAAGAGGCAAUUCUAGUGUUAGGCCUUGCUGCUCAAUGCAUGAAACAAGAUAGUAACUACAUACCAACUUCUGAGUUGCUUCAAAUCGAAAAACAGCACCAAGAGGCAUCACCUUCAGGUCAAGAGAAUCCACCUUCACCUUUGCCAACUACAUCACAAUGCCAAGGUCCUCCCAAAAAGCCAGCAAACAAGACUGCAGGCUCUCGCCGGUCUUGUCCUCGCCGCAGGCAUAAGGCGACAACAACUCAGAAUGAUGAAGAGAGAGAAGCAAAGAAGAAAGCAACAUUUGAAAAGUGGAAGAAGAAAAAACAAGCUGAACAAAACGCAAAAAAAGAAGAGAAACCUAAAUCUAGACAAACCAAACCGGUGCAGGCGAGGAACAACAAUCAUACUCCUAAAGGUAACAACAGGAAGACGAGUUCUCGGUUCUAGAAGAAGCAGCAUAAUCUUCAAAUCUUAGCUUUGAUUGACACGACAAAAUAUGCAUUAAAAGACUAGGAAUUUGAAUUUGUAUUUGUAUUGAAAUAAUGUCUUGCAAACUGUUUUAGUAUUGCUACCAAAAAUCACUACUUAUCAAGCGUUGGCUUUGGUUAUAAAAAAAAAACUAGUCCUUAUCAACUAAG